AUGCCGCUUGAAAAGCACACUUAUGCUUUGUUCGACAAUCGAACGCUGCACGUGGGUUACUACACAGACGUGAAGAAUUGCGCCACCCUGCGACAGGACCUUUUGGACAAGAAGCUGGAUGUCGCGCUACUCAAUGCUCAUCUGAUCGCUGGACCUUUCCAGAUCCAUGCAGCUGCGUCGCGAGUGUUUCUCUGCGACGCGUCCAGCCGCCUGACGACGCGCAGUCUGCACUCUGAGCUGGUCUUUAAUAUGUCUGGAUCACGCAACGUGUCCGAAUCUUUCAAGAGAUUCGGUGUCAAAGAGGACAUGACGUCGCUCGUAGUGUGCGUGAUUGAUGCGGACGAAGAGAUACUAAAGCAGGUGGAAGCACUGGUACAAGGCAUGCAGGUGCCAUUCGAAGAACUGGGCACGCACCUGACGGACGACGAUGUGAACCUCAUUAAGAAAGUUUACAAGAUUUCUGAGCAGGAACUGACGCAGUCGUCUCUUACUGAUGCAGUAACAUGUCGAAUCGCGACCAAGAGCUGUAGCAAGUAA